CGGCGGUCGUCUCUCACAGCACGCCCCGUGCCGCUGGUCCACCGUCCGCGUGUACACGAACCGGCACAUGUUUGGCCGCGAUCGUUUUUUUGGGCAAACCGCAUUUUUAGCGUUAUAAAAAAAUUUUAAAAAUAAAGUCAUCUUUUCGUAAAAAAAAAAAAAAUAAAUAUCGCGAUUAAAUUUCAAGUCGUUUAAAAAAACAAAUCUCCAUCCGAUCCAACAACUCGCGGCACGGCCAGCGUCCACCGUCCACCCGGGCGCGAGACGACAAGGUCCACGCGGCGUCCACCGGCUGCCCGCCAAAAGUUGUGUCUGCUUACUUCGGCGUAGACGGUCGGUGGUGUUAUUGGGUCGUACAACCACCACAAAACCCAAGAAUCAACCAGUUCACUGCAUUGAUCUGAGACCGGAUUUGGAUAGCGUUCUCAGACUUCACGAGUGAGAUCAGGUGUCAUCGCUAAUCCGAUUCGCUCAACGACACUGCUGCCUCGUUGCUGCCAACUGUCAGUCUAUUCCGAGCACACUCGCUUCUACACACGUACUGGCGGGUACGAAAUCGUUACAACUACUAGAUCACCAGAUCUUAUACAAUACGACCGGAGUCACGACGGCUAUGUCUUAACCGCGGUAACCGGACGUCAAGAACCACUUAACUUACCGACUGUAAGUGUCACAUAGUGUCCGCUCACCGACACCAUGGACUACGGAUCCAACUACACGGAAGUUCCCAUUUACGGGUUGAACCUGACCACGGCCACGGCGCUGACCGGGUUAAUGGUGACCGACGACAGCAAAGGGGUGCAGACCUACGACAACAGCUCGGAAGAGCCCUACUUGAACGUUACAAACGAAUUGCCCGUCGAGUACGCCAAAAUCAUGUACGGGCUCUUCAUGCCAGUGCUGCUGAUGGUCACCAUCGUUGCCAACACUCUGAUCGUGGUGGUCCUGUCCAGACGUCACAUGCGCACACCGACCAACGUGGUGCUUAUGUGCAUGGCUCUUUCCGAUAUGUUCACCCUGCUGUUUCCGGCUCCUUGGCUGUUCUACAUGUACACACUCGGCAACCAUUACAAACCCUUGACGCCGGUCGAGUCCUGUUACGCUUGGUACGCCAUGAACGAAGUCAUACCCACCAUGUUCCACACCGCAUCGAUUUGGCUCACUCUAGCCCUGGCCGUGCAAAGGUACAUAUACGUUUGUCAUGCUCCGGUAGCCAGGACAUGGUGUACCAUGCCUCGUGUCCUUAAGUGUGUCGCUUGGAUAUCGAUCAUGGCGUCUUUGCACCAAUCAACCCGGUUCGUGGACAGAGUAUACGAACCCGUGAAGAUAUCUUGGAGAGGACAAGACUCGGUAAUCGUGUGCCGGAUGAAGCACGCAUAUUGGGUGGAACACUACAUCACUUUGGACGUUUACUUCACUUUUUACUACGCUUUCCGCGUUAUAUUCGUCCAUACCGGACCAUGCAUAUCCCUCGUUGUGUUGAACUUGUGCCUCUGCAGAGCUAUGAGAGACGCGCAAUUAAAAAGAGACAAGUUGUUUAACGAUAACAGAAAAAAUGAAUGUAGACGUCUGAGAGACUCCAACUGCACCACAUUGAUGCUUAUUGUCGUAGUUACCGUUUUCUUGAUGACAGAAAUCCCAUUGGCUGUGGUAACGGUUUUGCACAUCAUAUCGAGCAGUAUCAAAGAAAUCCUCGACUAUUCUUUGGCCAACCUCCUGGUGCUGUUCACCAACUUCUUCAUAAUCGUCAGCUACCCGAUCAACUUCGCCAUCUACUGCGGCAUGUCCAGACAAUUCCGGGAGACUUUCAAAGAGCUGUUCAUCCGCGGAUCGGUGCAGAUCAACCGCAAACAUGGUGUAGGUGGCAGUUCCCGGUACUCUCUGGUCAACGGACCCCGGACUGGCACCAACGAAUCUCUGUUGUAAACCGAUCACAAUGCGCACCCUAUAAUUUAUUAUUACUAUUCCAAUCCGGCUUUCUUUUUUAAUCCUACAGAAACCUUAUAAUGAAGUAAAAACAUAACAGUAGACAGCAAAAUUAAUAAAAAUAUCAAACCUUUUUUUUUAAUCCGCCGAAAUGUAAUUAAAUUCUUUUUUUUCUUUUUUUAACGCUAGUUCUUUUUUCUAUACACGUGCACGCGUUUUUAUUAUACUCACUGCCCACGGGCUCUGGACAUAAUAAAACAUUACCGACGAUAAAAAUAUACAUUUUUUUUUUCAUUUAAAAUUUAAAAAAAAUAUCUCCGUAUAAAAAAACGCAAUACGGCCACCACGUUGAUUCGUAAAAAAACAACAACUCAAUUCGUCUACAUUACAUUUAUCGACUUUAUUGAAUUAGCAUGACAUGAGUUCUUUUCUCCUGUUCCGACACUGCUAACGCGUACUGAUCUCUUAAUAGCAGCUAAACUGCUAUUAUGUUUAACGUUGUAUAUUAUAUACUAUUGUUGUUACACGGUUACCGAAGGUCAUUCGGAGCAAAUGGUCUUACGGAGCAGAUGAUAUUAUAAUUUUAGGCGUUCAGCUAAUUGAUUAUCAUUAGUCUCCGUCUGACUGACCCUGCAAAGUCGGCAGGAAUUACCGGUCGUUUACCGCUUUUCGGCAGUGAAUCGAUUUCUCAGUUUAACUACUCUUAAUUGAAAGGGUUACCCUGUACACACUAGCAAGGCGCCCGCAAGGCGUCACUACUACGGGUAUUAUCUAUAUUGCCAUCCAAACUGCAAACCGUGUCUUACUGUUGUCCUCGUUCAUUACAUUCAAAACCCAUACAUUCCGUUUGGACACAGGUCGAGGGUGCGUUUAAUUUGUCAGUUCUUCGUGUCCACCGAUUAACCAAUUCAUUCAUUUUAUCGUCUCCAUCCGCCCACAGACUAAACACAUACAAAUGCAUUGUUCAUCGCAAACAAUACACUACACUGAUACUUCUAACACAAGCGCUUGUCUUUGUUUUUUUUUUAAGUUGAAAGCACCCCGUUGUUUGCAAUGGUAAAUUUUUUUCUUUUCGGCCCUCAUAAAUUAACAACGGUACAAUUACCCUGAAGACAUUCAUAAAACCGAAAACGUUAAAGUAAAUAAAGUAUAAACUCAAGCUCAAAUAAAUAUUAAACGCAAUAGUUUUUUGCUAAAGAAAAAUGUUGACGUUUCCUUUGAAAAUUAUUCUAUACAUUUUCGUGUUUAGACCGCUUUUUUUAAAUUAAAUUAAUUUGUGCAUCCUUUUUUUUAAAAAAGUGUAAUUUUAUCAUUGCAAAUGUAAGUUAAACAAAAACAUUUUCUUAAUACUGAGAAGUAUUUUAUUAGAUGUGUUUAUAAUAUCAGUGUAUGUAGUGAACGAGUCAUUUUCUCUUUUCCCGUCGAUAUUUUUUAUCGCAAUAUUGAUUUUGGCUUUUCUUGUUAAAAUUCCGGCUAUGCAUUUUAUCUAGUACAUAUACAUGAAUAUAAUAUAAACUGAUUUAAAAAAAAACGCUCCUCUCCUUUAAAGUGCCCCGGUGGACAGUCGAGAGUAGGAUCAUUGUUGUCGGCGAUAAACAAAUGUUGUUAUAAAAUAGCACUUUCAGUACUGCACACCUAACCGCGUGGUUAUAAAUAACGUUAAAACGUUGUCAGAGUGGAAAAUUUAGGGAGAACUGAAAAAAAAACAAAUAAAUUUCUCAAAAUUUCCACGCUCUAUUUACAGCUCCAUAAAUAAAUGAUAAAAAUCGCAACGACCGUCGCCCGUUUCAAUAUAAAUCUCACAUACACUUAUUUAUUAUCUUUAGGGAAAUUUUACUCUCAACGCGUUCGGAAUAAGUAGCGAACAUACAGAGCUAUGGGACGGAAACCGUGUAGUUAUAUCAUGCAAACGUCAACUGUCAAAUUCUCAUAGAUAAUAUUCCAACUAUCAUUAACACACCAGAGCAAAAGACGGUGGAAACAAAACGUACUAAUGUGGUGCGAAACGUUUUUAUGUAUAUGUUUGAGGGGUCAAAAUGUUUUUUAAAACUUGGUGUAGAACUUGAAAGUCGGGACUAGCUACGCGUUAAUCGACUGGACGGUCCGCAAAAUAUGCUUGUACUUUAAGUUAUAAAUACCGGACAAUAAUAAUUAUACACGGUCCACGAGCUAAGCAAAAAACGUCAAAAGUUAUCAAAACCGUUAAAACAACAGAUGACGUGUACUGCCACAACAUAUAUAGCUGUAUGUAUACUGAUAUGCAAACGUUUUUGCUGGGUCGUGUGGAUUACAGAAGAACAACAAACUACCGUUGGUCCACGCUACAAUACUGACAACAACAGCAGCAGCUUAAUCGUCUCAAUUUUAAUUUUCGACGGGACCUACUCAAGUCGAUUAACGCGCCUGGUUACAAAACAUACAACCCUAACCCUGACCGUUGACAUAAGACUUGGGAGAAACGUGUAGGCUCUGGGAAAUAAUAAUAUUAUUAUUGCGGUGCUGAUGACGAUGACGAUGACGAGCGAACGGAGAUGGUCAGUAAAUUUCGCCCUCGGCCAAGAGUUUAUACAAACAACCGUUCGCCUUUCCCAAAAUAUGAGCCGUUAUAAGACAACGUACACAAUAGUGUUAACGACCUCAAUUUAUUGUGCGUCCCGUAUGAGCCGUCCUGAACGCGUGUUAAGAUCAUUUGGACUAAUCUAAACGUAUAGUUUGCAAACAAACGGCAGCGCCCAAGAAAAGUUUCAAAGACAAUCGCUCUUCUUAGUUUUGGCGUUUAGUGUUUGUUGAACUUUGGCUAGUGCCGGCGGCGCGUUAUACUCAUAACCAGACGUGUUGUUUUUAAAUACUUGGCUGGUCCCAUUCAUUAUGAGAAAGUAACAAACAAAGUCAGAGUGCGGAAGCCCUCUCGGAAUAAUCUGAUAUUUUACACGAAUUUCACCUCAUCUCGUCCACUGCAGUACAUCUUCGAACGCCUUAACUUCUUUCCUAAGUAUAAUAUCAUUGUUUGGCUCCUGCCAAAGCGUUGUCAUUGAACUAGGCAAACCGGGCAAUCGACACAUAAAUAGCAUUUUUACAGCACAGAAUUACAGUAGCAUUUACUUCAUAUUAUGUCUUGCAUAAGUUUCACAUCAAUUUUGCAUAAGUAUCGUCCAUUAUUUAGUAAUUAUGAAACGAUUAUUCGGCUCAUACGCACAAAGUCCCAGCAGUCGACCCCAGUGACCCUGUUUUCAUUUUUGCAAUAAAAACUGGUUACAUUAACAUCCACUUUAAACCUCCAACAAAGUUCUCUCGGUUAUCCUUAGCACCGAAUACCUGUUUUUUUACACUACUGUCUAGCUGUGUUUAACUACAACCGCGGCAAAAGGUUCCAAUAUGGGUUUCGGAUUUUUUUUCCCGCUAUUGUAUAAUAUGGCAUUUUAUUACGAUGUUAUAUAAAUGUGUAAUAUUAUGCGACCUAAACGACACGGUUUAAACCCUCGGCGUCGACAUUUUAAAAACAUUCAGAAAUGUCGUUUUUACAAAGCAGCGCCAGUCCCUUGGGCAGACGCCUUACUUCUAACAAUACCCUACCUUUACCUCUUCGACCGCAUAGUCAUCGCCUUCGAAAGAUUCGUCCACAUUAAUGAUAAAGGUGAUGUUCACUGGCCCGAAAAUAAAAGGUCAUGAGUCUAAACAAAAUGUAGACGACUUUAAGUACUAAAACAAUAACAAUAUAACCGCAAACCAAUGCUCGCUUAGGUACAAUUAACUUAAAGCGUUUCCGGGCCAUUUCGUUUUUUGUUGCUACUUUGACGAUCAAAAACAUUAAAUGAUUUAUAUAAAAAAAAAACAUUUGAUGGGGUAGGAUUUGUUUGAAAAUCGUUAGUUCAUCCAUUUUCGUGUUUUGACUACGCCAUUUGCAAGUUUAAAAGUUCUUGGCGAACGUCUUUGGAACCGUUAGUAUUGUAAUUAUUCCACCGCAUUGGACAUAAUAUUAUAUUCACAUUACAUUUGUGUUGGUGAAUGACCUUAUAAAUAUUUAUAUUGUUGUAAACAAGUGCAUACAUAGUAGGGUAAGUCAGGCUAGGAUUAAAACUAUCAAUGUUAAAUAUAUUAUUAUGUUAUAGUGUAACAUGUUCGGUAUUAGUGGAAUUACUUUUAAGAUGCAUUUUCUGUAAUAAUAAAAAUGUCUAAAUUUGUUUAGUACUAUUAUUAUUCUCUAUAAUUUGUUUGCCCUUUGCAUAGAUAGAACCUACCUUUUGUUACCUCAUUUCUAUUCUUAUAUCAAGUAUAAAUAAUUAUAAUCUAUUUUUAUUAUAAAUACUAAAAAACAUGACCCUGUCUUAUGCGAUUCUCAAAAAUAUGGCUCAUACAUGUACAUUUAUAUUAUAUUAGGUACCUAAAAAAUACUGUAUUAACUCACUCGAAACGAUAUCCAUAAUCCGUAUUUUAUAACAUUAACAAUUAACAUAAUCAAACAUAGAAAGGCAUACCAACGUGUGCGUUUUAGUCAUAUUAAUAAUAACUUAAGUUGUCUGUGUUACAAGCUAAGCUGUAUUAAAAAAAAAAAUGAUUAUUUACCGCGUUAACAUUUCUAAAAAGUUUUUAUACUUUUUUUAUAUACCAACAAUAUUGUAUACUUAUAGAAUUAUUCGUGUUUUAUUUGUUUAAUACCAAAAACAUAUGUAUACAUAUUUAUUAAGGUACCUAGUCUGUAAGUCAAUCAUAAUAACUAUUAAAAGUUUUUAAAUGUAUAAGUUUUAUAGGUUUUCUGUCCUAAACAGAUGUUACAUUAUACCUACUUAAUGUAUACUUCCCGGCAACGGAAUGAUUCCGCGUUUAGUUUAAAAACUAUACAUGUUUAUAUGGUUUUUAGAGUAAAAAAAUCUCAUAAUACGUGUGUGUACAUAAUCAUAAUACUUAAUAAUAAGUAUAAGUAGUAUAUAAGCAUAACUUUAACAAAAUUUUACCAGUUGUUUUAAUUGUCUAUAAAUAAUUUAAUUUUUUCUUCUUCUUAAAAAAAAUAAAUUUAAUAUUAUAUGUAAUAACAACAUUUGCGAGCCGAGGAUAGGGGAGGGAGAAGUUGGCGAUUUGAAAAAUAAUAUAAUAACCAUCGUAUAACACUUAGGCGUUUUCCAAAUUGACGGGUAUUCCCUGCAGACCGGUAGUAGGAUUUUGAUAUUUAAAAUUAUAACUCAACCAUAACUAUUAAUUAUUGUAGUCUCUUAAUAAACAAUUGUUAACAUACUUCGUAAUUUUAAGUAUAAGGUAUUAGAUAAUAAAUUAGGUAUUGUUUUAUUGAAAAUAUAACUAUUAGUAUACAAAUUUAAAAAAAAAUCUCACAACUUAAUUUAAAAGGUAAU